AUGAUUAGACUACUCAGCUCGAGCUUGAAAAAUGGCUUAAAUUUUAAUAAGAGCUUCUUCUUCAAGCACCAAAAUAUAUUAAGAUUUUUUAAUGCAAAGGUAGACUUUAGUAAAGAUUACUUUAAAGUCCUUGAAGUGAGCGAAAAUUCUACUCCUGAAGAAAUAAAAAAAUCUUAUUAUAAACUUGUAAAGUAAUAUCAUCCAGAUAUUAAUAAAAAUAACGCAGAGCAUUUUAAGUUAAUCAAUGAGGCAUAUGAGGUAUUAAGUAAUGAAUAAUCUAAAAAUGAAUACAUAUCUAUGAGAGCCAAUCCAUUUUAAAAUAGUUCCGCCAAUUAUUCUUAAUCUUAUCAUCAAUAACAGAAUUAUGGAUAAUAUUAUUAAUAUGGGAACAGAAAAAAUUAGAAAUAUGAUUACAAACGCUACGAGUAAUAAUACUACUCUUCCGCAGAUGCGUAGAGACAAACUUAAGGAGAUUUUUAUAACUCUAAUUUUAGCAAAUCUCAGUUUUACUAAGACAUGCAAAAUCCAUAUUCCACUUAAAAUAAUUAUGAUUUUGAACCAUCAAUGUCAGCUGAAGAAAAAAUGAGAUUAACAAAGAAAAAAUUAGUAGCAUUUACAUUUGUUAUUCUUGGCUUUUAUUUAAUAUUUGAUGUAUUGGUGAUGAAGUUGCUUAACUCAUCUGAGUAGUAUGUCGUUUAUGAUCCAGAAACUGGAUAGAGAUUUAUUACAGAUGCUCAAACCUUAAACCAACUUAAAAGAAGAGGCUAUGAUGCAUCUUUCAUAUCUCCAACAGAUAGAGAUUUAUAAAAUAGAUAUGGAAAUAGAAACCAUGAUGAGAGAUAUAAUUAUAACAAUGGGUUUAACUAUGAUCCAAAAAGAGAAAGAAUUUGA